UGUCAGGCACCGCGGGGACGCCUUUCCGAGCGCCCGGCUCGGCGCGGCGCGGGGGCGCGCACGCCGCCCAGCUCUGGGGCCGCAGAGGGGGCGGGGCGGGACGUCCGGGGAGUGCGCACGCAUCCGGCCCGCGGCGCGCGCGCAGGUCGGUGCGUCGGUCGGGGGCGCGCUCGGGUACCUGUACCCCACGUAGUCGCCGGUUACCGAUCGGACUAAGUUCCAGUGGUGAUUUACAAGUCAAGUUAAAAUGUCCCCAGAAGUGGCCUUGAACCGAAUAUCUCCAAUGCUCUCGCCUUUCAUAUCUAGCGUGGUCCGGAAUGGAAAAGUGGGACUGGAUGCUACAAACUGUUUGAGGAUAACUGACUUAAAAUCUGGCUGCACAUCAUUGACUCCUGGGCCCAACUGUGACCGAUUUAAACUGCACAUACCAUAUGCUGGAGAGACAUUAAAAUGGGAUAUCAUUUUCAAUGCCCAAUACCCAGAACUGCCUCCCGAUUUUAUCUUUGGAGAGGAUGUUGAAUUCCUGCCAGACCCCUCAGCUUUGCAGAAUCUUGCCUCCUGGAAUCCUUCAAAUCCUGAAUGUCUCUUACUUGUGGUGAAGGAACUUGUGCAACAGUAUCACCAAUUCCAAUGCAGCCGCCUCCGGGAGAGCUCCCGCCUCAUGUUUGAAUACCAGACAUUACUGGAAGAGCCACAGUAUGGAGAGAACAUGGAAAUUUAUGCUGGGAAAAAAAACAACUGGACUGGUGAAUUUUCAGCUCGUUUCCUUUUGAAGUUGCCAGUGGAUUUCAGCAAUAUCCCCACAUACCUUCUCAAGGAUGUAAAUGAAGACCCUGGAGAAGAUGUGGCCCUCCUCUCUGUUAGUUUUGAGGACACUGAAGCCACCCAGGUGUACCCCAAGCUGUACUUGUCACCUCGAAUUGAGCAUGCACUUGGAGGCUCCUCAGCUCUUCAUAUCCCAGCUUUCCCAGGAGGAGGAUGUCUCAUUGAUUACGUUCCUCAAGUAUGCCACCUGCUCACCAACAAGGUGCAGUAUGUGAUUCAAGGGUAUCACAAAAGAAGAGAGUAUAUUGCUGCUUUCCUCAGUCACUUUGGCACAGGUGUCGUGGAAUAUGAUGCAGAAGGCUUUACAAAACUCACUCUGCUGCUGAUGUGGAAAGAUUUUUGUUUUCUUGUACACAUUGACCUGCCUCUGUUUUUCCCUCGAGACCAGCCAACUCUCACAUUUCAGUCCGUCUAUCACUUCACCAACAGCGGACAGCUUUACUCCCAGGCCCAAAAAAAUUACCCGUACAGCCCCAGAUGGGAUGGAAAUGAAAUGGCCAAAAGAGCAAAAACAUUCCCACAGACAAUCGGUAGAACGAAGACAGCCUUUGUGGUCUGAGAACGUGUCUCAUAGGAUACGAGCACAUCUCAGGGCAGAGCAUCCUCUUCAGGUUUCUUCCAGGAACAUCGCUCACAGCGGGAACUUGAGUUGUCCCUUGUGGGGAGGUACGUGUGUGAGUGACUUGACACAGCCAUCCACACGUGAUGGUAACGACUCAGUGCCCUGUGCCCUGGCAAUCUCAGGAUCAUGAUAUCAGAGCUAGAAAGAUAAUCCAGCUGCUUCACUUUAGAAAUGAAACAAGGGAGAAUUCUGCCCAAGGUCACAGAUUUUGAGUCUGAACUCAGGUCUAGGUGUCUGUCUACUACUUUGGGCUCUCCGAUAAUAGCUCAGGGGAUCGGAGAAUUCUCAGCACUCUUGUUGGUUGAUUUCUGGUCAUUUUCACUGGAUUACCCGAUGAGUAUCCCCCAGACCCCCACUUGGCUGCGUGUCCUCCGGCACUGCCAUGCUCAGCUUUAUGCUUUGACCCUCGUCUCCUAAAAGCGAGCGGCACCACUGCUGCUAGGAGCCAAUGGCACUUUCUCUACCAGCCUACUCAUGGCUGUCCCCAUUAGUGCCUCCUCACUGCUUUCUUUGCCCCACCCUGACCAAGCG